UUAUCAAGAUGGCGGCAAGGUGCUUGUGAAAUGACCCGCUGAGGUUGUAAACCUUGAAAAACACUUGACGUGCGUGACAAUAGCAGAUAGAAGAUGUCCUCGAUCGGACAGACCGACACACUGCUGCGCCUCAACACAGCCACCACCUUCGAAGGGGAGACCGAUGCCACGUCGGAGGAGGUGCAGGUGAGCUACAAGACUGGCGCCACGUUCCAGGGGAAAGUCCAAGACCACAAGAAGGUUGGCCGUGGGGUUUUCACGUGGCCUAAUGGAGAGAAAUAUGAUGGGCAGUUUUCAGAUAAUUUGAGGCAUGGAAAAGGCGUCCAGUACUGGUCAGAUGGGAGUUGUUACGACGGCGUGUUCGUCCAUGACCUGAGGCAUGGUCAAGGCUACAUUGAGUGGGCAAACAAAGAGUCUUACAAAGGCACAUUCUUCAAAGACCGGCGCCAUGGCAAGGGGUUAUAUACGUGGCCGAAUGGAUCGUCAUUCCAAGGCACGUUCUACAUGGAUAAAAAGGAAGGUUAUGGCACAUUCCACUUUACAAAUGGGGAUAAAUUUGAGGGGCUGUAUAUCAAUGAUGAACGAGAGGGCCCAGGGGUGACGACAUACAAAGAUGGCACACAAGAUGUAGGACUUUGGUUUGGGGAGAAACUCAUCAAGCUGUGCUCAUCGGUCCCUGAUGCUUUCACCUUGAAGGACCAUCAGGAAUUUGACUUUAAUCCUGAAGAACAUGUUCUGUACAUCGAUCCACAUGAACGAAGCAACUCGCACGCACCCUUCAACAGCGUCCUGAACCCACCUUCUGCCUUUGACUACACACCAGACAACUCUGUGACGGACCGCGUCUCGGAAAUCUUCAACACAUCUCUCGAUCCCAGAAGCCUUGCCAUUAAUAAAGACUUGUUUGAUGAGGAGUUCUACAAGGAUGCGGAGGCUGACAACAGCAGUGAUGUUCAGGUAGUGGCCUGGAAUAAAACGCCAUCCAUGAUAAACCUACAGAGGCACGUUCACAAGCAUAAAGCAUCUGCAAGUCAGCUUUCAUUUAGUGUUCAAAAGAUAAUUGAUGGAGAUCGGAGCUCGUUUAAGAGCAAAGGCAGGCUGGAGCUGGCGUCGGAGGAGCUGCUAGGAGCUGCAAUGUCUGGGGACAUGGAGAAGGUGGAGGAGCUGCUCAUCAACAGAGGCGUGCAUCCCGAUGUGGCGGACAAACACUGCCACACGGCACUCAUUGGAGCCACGGUAAAUUGGCACAUUGAUAUUAUCAACUUGUUAUUAAAUCACGGAGCAGAUGUGAACAAACUGAAUGAUGAAGGGUGCUCUGCGCUGUCUGCCGGAACUAUUUUCUUCUAUCCAAUAGAGACAUUCCAUUACAACAUAGCUGAGCGCUAUCUUGAAAAACCACCAGAGGUGAACGAAGAUGCUACCAAAGAUGAACAAAAACCGAAAGGGAUCUUGUCAAAGAAGAUGGUUGAGCCAAAGAUUAGUCAAAACAACGAACUUAACCGAGAAAAAUCCCAAACCGAUAAGCUGAUCGAUCAGUAUGGUGUGAGCAGCACGAGUAUAGACAGCGGGAUUCCCCCCAUGGAGAGCAUGCAGAGCCUUCGAGAGCCCGGGGAUAAGUCGCUGGUUACGAUAGCCGAUUCAGCGGAGGAUACCCGCCUGGGUGAGGAUGGAGAGUUGUGUGAGGAGGAACUCAAGGAUGAGGUUAAGGAUGCGGAUCGGGAUUCAGUCAUCGAUAGUGACAAUGAGGGCGGGGAUCAGUUGGACGACGAGAUUCCAGAGGAUUUUGAUUCUAAUAAGAGUGUGAGGAACUACCAGAUUGAGGUCACGGAGCAACUGGUCGAGAGGUGUGCCACCCAGCUCAGUACCAAUGACCGAGUUGUCAGCCGACAUUCGCUGCAGAGUGCCGGGCUCGGGACAGCCAGGAUGAUGGCUCUUCAGAUAUCAUUGAAAGAGAGGAUGAAGGAGACCUUGGACCUGCUGCUACGUCGCGGCGCCGACCCCAACGCCUCCGGUGUUCCGAUGCCAGUGCUGUUCUUUGCUAUCAAGGCGGCGGAUGUGGAAAUGGUUAAAGUCCUCCUCAUGAAAGGAGCUUCGACGGAAGCCAGGCUGCCAAAAGAGAAGGGCAGCUUGGCCCCGCUGCACAUCGCCUGUGCAAUCCCCGGGGAGGAAGGAGUGCAGAUCACCGAGCUGCUGCUGAAUGCACUUGCUGACCCCGACGUCCGUGCAGAGGAAGACGAUUCCUUUCUCAACAAGAUCUUGGAGGAGGAGUGGAGCAAGGAUGUCCUGUCGGAGGAGAGUAAAGCUCUGCUUGGUGGGAGGACACCAUUACAGAUUGCCUGUGCACGAGAUGACAACUACAAGCAUGUCUGCAGAGUUGCUCGUCUACUCCUGGAACACAAGGCCAACCCAAGUCUUCUGUGCAAUGGAUUCUCUGCCCUUGCCCUGGCCAUCACCAGUGGGAAUGAUCAUGCUAUUGAUGAAUUGUUGCUGUAUGGAGCUGACCCCAGCCUCACUCUGACUCACGGUGUUGGCAGCGCCCUCUGUGUUGCCACUUCCACGGAACAUGAGCAUCGGCGGACAAUAAAUGGAAGACUGCAACUUGUGGACAAACUUAUAAGGGCCGGCGCCAACAUUCUUGCUCCUAUUCCGAUCGGGCCGAAGAGAAUCCAGGGCACGGCAGUGGACUAUGCCUACUAUAUGUUCCACCAGGAUCGACGUAUUGCACACAUGCCCUACCACGCACUGACCCACGCGGAGCGGGAGACGUACAACGCCCGCAAGAAGCUGUUGGCACAUGUCGGGGACAUCAUGCGGGGCAAGGCUGUAGAGCGGGAGCGGCGACGCCUUGAGGAAGAGUUCAGGGAGGGACAGAGGAGUUCCAGCCCCAGCGCAGGGUUUGUGUACGUGGGUGCCGGUGCCCCCCUUCCCCCGGGACUCAAGUCCAAGACAGCCUCCAAGGUGGGUCAGGUGACGUUUGACCGGAGCGUGACCGACCUGAAGAGCGGCGUGGUCCACCAGGAGAGUGAGAUGAGCAUUGGGCUGAGAUCAAAAAGUGGGGUGUCGACAGUGUUUGUGUCCGAGACACACCAAGAACUUAAACGCCUCAGUCGGUCUCGAGGUCGAUCUCAGAGUCGAUCUCCUGUCAGAAAACCUUUGCUGAAGUAUUGCUAUGAGUGUGGUCGGUCUGUCGGUGUCCGUCUCUCGGCCUGUACCAGGUGCAAGGAAGUGUACUACUGCAGCAAGGCCUGCAAACUCAAGGCAUGGAACGCCCGUCACAGGGACGAGUGUAUUAGAGUGGGAGGUCGGUCCCGCAGUCCAAGCCCCUCCCAGAAGCGGAACCGAGUUGACAGCCCCACCCCCACAACCACGGCAGAGCGGGGGCGCAGGACGACGGUCAAUGAGUUGACCAAAGACAAGCAUGCACAGAAAGUGGUGGUCCCCAUUCACGGGCAGAGUCACAGCGCCAAGGGGCCCCGCCUGUACCCCGGGGGUAGUAUGUACAACAAGCGAGUUGUCAAGUCCGGUAACAAGCGCGACACCAGCCCCGGGAGGGAUCAGUCCGGAGCCUUCAUCGACAACUACAGCUUCGUGUAGCCGUGGCUACAAACAACCGCGGUUAUAUUUCUACAAUCGUUUGUAACUUCAGCUGACAUUAUUGUUGAGCUGCGCCUUAUUGAAACAUGGAUAAACAACCUUAUUGAAACACGGAUAAACAACCUUAUUGAAAUACGGAUAAACAACCUUAUUGAAACACGGAUAAACAACCUCACUAAAAUAAUAAUCAAUACUUGUCAUGAAAUGUCGUUUUCCUAUUGGCCAGUCGCAGACUUGUAUAAACCCAUGCCAGUUUGUACCGGUAUGAGCGGUCAUGAUGCUUUUCUGUAGCCGACUGCCAGGGGUGAAAUGAUACAGCAAGGUCACGAUAUGAUACAUAUCACGAUACAAAGGUCACAAUACCAAGGCCGUUGUUAAGUUUUUUUGACAGGGGGGGCAAAUAAGAUUAUUCAUUUUUUGUUCAAGUUACUUUCACAAGGAAAAAUGUUUUCUGU